AUGAGUAAAGGAGAGGUGGUAAUUCUGAAUGUUGGUGGGAUGAAGUUCACUACCUUUACUGCCACGCUUAAGAGAUAUCAAGACUCCAAGUUGGCAAGAAUGUUGGAAGGAGGUGACCCUGACUUCCGAGUGGUCAACGGGCAGCUUUUUGUAGACCGGGAUGGCAGUUUAUUUCGGUAUGUCCUGGACUUCCUGAGGACCCGUCAGAUCACUCUUCCUCCAGAAUUCUCAGAUUAUGACAGCCUGAUGAGGGAGGCAGAUUUUUACCACCUACCAAUUUUGGUUGAUCUCCUCAACCAGGAUCGACUUAAGCAGAGGCUCGAGAUUCUGGAGGUGAGGUUCUCUCUCCAGGAAACCUAUUCUUUUUUCCGAAUCUUCUGUUCCUGCAAUAGCACCAUUGAAACAUUAGCCGGUCGCAUUACAGUGUCUGCAGAGCAGCCUGGCCAAAACUGGAACUAUUCUCUCUCGGCUAACAGACUCUUGGUUCCAAAUCCAUUGCAGAGACCUUCUCACCACGAUCUGGUCUUCCAGUGUGGAACUGACUAUUCAGCUGGGGAUGAGUUCUCAACAAGGUACGUGUCCAUUCAACCUGAUCAAAGAAAACUUAUCAAUGGUAGCAAUGUCCUGGGAUUACUUGUGGACACUUUGUUGAGAGAAGGGUUCCGUCUUAUAAGCACCCGGACAGUUUCGCCCAAGGAGAAGAUUGAAUGCUACACGUUUGAACGAACCAGGAAAAAUGAACUUGUCAGCACGUCAGUUGAACAAGAAGGAGCAAAUGCAAAUGCAGCACAUUUUAAGGCAGAAAAAUUACAGUUCAAAAGGAAGUAACAGAUUGCACCAUUUAAGAACUUAUUAAUGCGUUGGAAAACAAAUGGAAAACUGUACAGCAGCAGCAGCCUAUCAUCUUGG